CAGAAGAGAGAGAAUUAAAGAUUUUUUCUGACGGAUUUUUUUCUGAAGGGGAACUUCGCGCUGACUUGCUGCAGUUCUUAAAGCGGCCGCUAGAGGAAAGUAAGCGGUUUAUACCACAUUUGAUAGCUGCCCUGAUAUUACCUCUAACCAGUCAGCGCACAGGAAUGAGCUUCUCUAGAAACCCUGGCCUUUAAGCAAUGGUCUCGGUCUAACUUCUGAAAACCCUCUGGCAGCCACAGUUGGACAUCUGCGGAAGUCUCACUAAAGUUUCAAAAUGGCUGACUACAACGCUGAAGCACAAGCGCCUAGCAAACUCAACCAAGUUCAGGAUCAAGUCAAUGAUGUUAAAGUCAUUCUCAAAGACAACAUCAACAAAGUCCUGGAGAGAGGAGAGCGGCUGGAUGACCUGAUGGGCAAAACGGACGAUCUGCAGGCCACGGCGGACUCGUUUCAAAGGACGUCCACGCGUGUUGCCAGAAAGAUGUGGUGGAGGAACACCAAGAUGAUGAUUAUAAUUGGUGUGGUAGUGCUUGCCAUCAUCAUUUUAAUCAUCCUGUUAGCAACACAAGUCAUUCCCACCUAAUACAACCCACACAUCCUUUUCAAUCAUUUGUAUUCAGUACACACACACACACACACACACACACACACACACACACUAAAAAUUAAUGCCUUUUUUAUACUAUGAAAGGAACUGGAUACAUUUAUGUAUAGGUACAUUUCUAUUUUUGACAUUUCCUGUAAAAUUCUAUAGAAAUCUGGGGCGAAUAUGUCAGGGGUGUAUGCAUAUGCAUUAUAUGUGGUUUUUACUUGUUAGGCUGUUAUUCUAAUAUAACGGGACUGAAAACAACAGAAUUCACUGUAAGUGAAAAAUGUUUCAGGAUGUGUUUAUUGUUAGUGGUCUUCCUUGGAGACAUCAAAAACCAUUUCAAUUCUAAUUACAUUUCAUUACAAUGCUGCAGACCUCCAGCUGUGAAUGGUUAUAUGACUCCGGGAACAUUUCUCACGCUUUAACUGUGAAAUCACUCUGUGCUCACGAAACUGAUUUUAUACCUUGACAAAGUAUAGUCCGGGAUGGAUUUAGAGCUUUUUCUUGGUAUCUUUACAUUUAAAUUCAAACCCUUACAAUGUAUCAGUCAGUAGCUGUCUUUGUCAAGAGGAUGUGUGGCCUGUAUAGAUUAUAUGUACUAUAUGGGAAAUACUGAUUGGCAUGUACUUAUUGUGUAAAAAUAAUUGCAUGACAGAAUGAAGCCUUUAAAGGAACAGUUCACCCAAAAGUGAAUUACUUUCCUACUGGAAACAAUAUAAUGAAAGAGAAUCUAGACUAUCACACAUGUAAAUAUAGUCCUUAUUACUCAAAACGAAAUGGUGUGGGAUUUACUUUAGACAAUUUCUAUUAAAUUUCAUAAUUACAAACAUUGAAUUUACCGUGUAAUUUUUUUUUAGUAAGACUGAAAGUGAAUUUUAUUGUAAAAUGUAAUCCAAUAAUGUUUAAUUUACAACAUAUAUUAGUAACACUUCACUUAAAGCCUUUAUGUAUAAUGCACUAUAAAUGUAUUCAUGAUGUGGAUUGUAAUGCAUUACAUCUUUUCAUAAACAAUUGCAACCAAAGUGAAAAUGCAUCGUUAUUUGAAGGGUUUGUUGUUUUGAGCAUUACACUUUCUGAAGGUGUGACGAUAAAUAGAUAUUGUAACUGUGGUUAUGAUUAUUCAUGAGACCAUACAAGGCAUUAUAAAUUGCAUUUAACUAAUGCAUUAGAACUACUUUUAUAGUGCAUUAUAAAUUCAGUUUAUAAUGUCUGGGAAUAUAAUGCACAAGUCAAAUCAUGUUUUUUUGUUAUUUUAAAGCUGGGCCCCAGCUGCUUUACUGGUUUAAUAUUGAAAACAGCAGCAAUAUUUGACAUGAAGGAGAGUAAAAGAUGACAGUCUUCAUUUUUGGGUGAGCUACGACUUUAAUCUCUAAAGGUUCAUACACUUUAUCUUCUUGUAUUUUUCAAUGGUUUACAUGACUCUGUAGUAAAAUACUGCAAUAUGAAAUGAAUAUUAAAUGGCCUACACUCUGUACGCACUUUUAAGCAAUAAAUUAAUAGACUUGUAUACAAAUAAUUUCUAAACGAUUUGGGCUCUCUAUAAUUCAUUGUAUUCAACAACACAGCAAGAAAUACGAUUAUAAACUUACACAAGCUACAACUAAUUAAACACAGAAACAAAUAUUCUGGAGGUUAUAGUUGGAAAUAACACUUGAAAUAUUCUUUAGUGUGUCCCCUUUCCAAGUAACUUCAGAUUUAAAAGGAACUGGUGAAUGAAAUGCCGACCAAAGUGUAGUAACGUGUUGAUCAACUCCAUAUUUAAUAAGUCUGGCCCUCGUGUUUUCUCCUCUCAGGGUUGACUUGCGAUUCGCUCGACCGUCUGAAAAACAAAAAAGAAAACGGCAAUUACGCUUCAGAAGGACACUGACUCAUAAAAUGUCAAGGAAUCCCAAUUCUUUAAUAAUUUCAAUAAGGAGACAAGACAUGACUUUGAAAUCGAAUAAUAGCAAAUGCAAUAGUGUUCAAUUGAAAACUUGCGGAAUCAUAACAUUUAAAUGUGAAACCUUGAAUCGAUGGAAAUUAAAGGACAAAAAGGAAAGCAUUACAAGCAUAACAUUAAGACCUUUCCAAGAUUUCAAAAGGUUAAAAAAGAGAAUCUGUUAGAUGAAAUUAACACGGUUUACAGGUGAAGCUUUUUCCACCGCUGGCGGUAGAAAACCACACAAUACAAAUAUAAAAAAGCACUUCUCCAGCGCAGCGGCAUCCGAGUACAAACCGGCUUUUAGCUCAUGGACUACAGGAUAUUACGAGCUACAAAUAAAGAAAAGCAAGCAUUACAGGUAAGAUUAGAUUAGAAGUGCAUAUUAACACUGGAAAGUCCAGAGAAAGCCGUAUCCUUCGAAAAGUGAACAGUUAAUUUUAAUUCCGGCUCUCGUGUCAUAUUUUACCAUUACUUGAUGGUGCCUGGAAAAAAUGGCAUUACAUUAUAAUAUAUUAUUACAUAAGACCAAUCCCAAGAGGUUUUAAGAGGAACCUUUAAAUACAAAAAAAAAUAUAAAAAUACACACAAUUCAAAAACAGAAGUUAAAAGCUUGACGUGUCCUUUUUAUGUUUUUGUUGCUGAAGUUUUUACAAUUCGUAUACAGGAUGUUGGAAGACCAUACCAAAUGGGAGCAUUCGAGAGCGUACGCCUCUCGUACCCUGUCCGCAUUGAGCGGGCCUGAGACAAUCGGGAAGUCAGCUCAUGGCCUGCAAGGAAGUCCCCGCUGGCAGGUACAAACAAGGUAUAUGUCAGAGUUAGGAGACAACAUUCUUCGGCUUUCUUUCCUUGUAAUUCCAUAUUUUCUGGUACCCAUUUAGCAGUACUGUACCUGUUAAUUUUUACAGUUAAAAA